UUGUUUAUUGCUAUUCUUGGCGUCUUCGUUGUUUCAUUGCAGUUGUUAAAUAUGCUCUAAAAGUUAGUUAAAAUGUUAUUUUUUAACGUGGAGCGUGAUUAAUAUCCCUUUUGUUCUGGUUACCAGACAAACAUUUGUUCGCGUUGAUCGUACGCGUUUUAAUAGCACCUAUAACAAGAUGGCUGAUAUAAAGGCUAUGUUCAAUAAAAUGACCAGCAACAGCACGGCACAAAAUGGUGCGCCGGAAGCUCCGCCCCCCGCCAAAGGGGCUAAAGGUGGCUCUAUAGAAAAAAUAUACCAGAAGAAAACACAAUUGGAGCAUAUUCUCCUACGUCCAGAUACAUAUAUCGGGUCUGUUGAGCGGACUACCGAGUUGAUGUGGGUUUUUGACAAAUCCAAGGAGUGUAUGGUUCAAAGGGAAUUGAAUUUUGUGCCAGGAUUAUACAAAAUAUAUGAUGAAAUCUUAGUCAAUGCGGCUGAUAACAAACAAAGGGAUCCUAAAAUGGAUGUUAUAAAAAUUGACAUAAAUCAAGAACAGAACACAAUUUCUGUCUAUAACAAUGGCUGCGGUAUUCCAGUAGUUAUGCACAAAGAAGAGAAAAUGUAUGUACCUACUAUGAUUUUUGGACAUUUAUUGACAUCAUCAAACUACAAUGAUGAAGAAGAAAAAGUGACAGGAGGCAGAAAUGGAUAUGGUGCAAAACUGUGUAAUAUAUUUUCUACCAAGUUUACCGUAGAAACUGCAUCUAAACAAUACAAGAAACAUUUCAAACAAACGUGGGGUUCUAAUAUGACCAAAGCUUCUGAACCUAAAAUUAAAGAACCUGGUAAAGAUGACGAUUUUACAAAAGUAAUAUUCAGUCCUGACUUGGCUAAGUUUAAGAUGGAAAAACUAGAAGAUGACAUUGUAGCUCUGAUGUCCCGAAGAGCUUACGACAUCGCCAUGUCAACACAAGGCGUCAAGGUGUACCUUAAUGGCGAAAGAUUAAAAAUAAAUAAGUUUAAAGAUUAUGUAGAUUUAUACAUAAAAGGCAAAGAAGACGAAAAUGGACAACCAUUGAAAGUAGUUUAUGAGAAAGUGAAUGACCGUUGGGAACUGGCAUUAACACUCUCUGACAGAGGUUUCCAACAAGUAUCAUUUGUGAACUCCAUUGCAACCACAAAGGGUGGUAAACAUGUUGACACUGUCUCUGACAGCAUAGUUAAGAACGUUCUAGAAAUAAUCAAGAAGAAAAAUAAGGGUGGAGUUAAUAUAAAACCAGUGCAAGUUAAAAAUCACAUGUGGUUGUUCAUCAACUGUCUGAUUGUAAACCCAACCUUUGAUUCACAAACAAAAGAGUACAUGACCCUCCAAGCAAAGAGUUUUGGUUCCAAGUGUAAUUACUCUGAAAAAUUCAUGACGGCAGUGUCAAAGUCUGGUUUAGUGGAGUCUGUAUUGACCUGGGCUAAGUUCAAGGCUCAGACUGAGCUGGUGAAGGCAUCAGGCAAGAAGCAGAGCAAACUGAAGGGCAUACCGAAGUUGGAAGAUGCUAACGACGCUGGCACAAAGAAUGCACAUUUGUGUACGCUGAUCCUCACUGAGGGAGACUCAGCUAAGUCAUUGGCUGUGUCUGGACUUGGUGUGGUAGGUCGCGAUCAUUACGGCGUCUUCCCAUUGAAGGGUAAGCCUCUCAACGUCAGAGAUGCUUCACACAAACAGGUCUUAGAGAAUGUUGAAAUAAACAACAUGAUCAAGAUCCUUGGACUCCAAUAUAAAAAGAAGUACAACACAGUUGAUGAUUUAAAAUCCUUGAGAUAUGGUAAAGUGAUGAUCAUGGCUGAUCAGGAUCAGGACGGAUCUCACAUCAAAGGUUUGAUUAUCAAUUUCAUACAUCACAACUGGCCAGAAUUAUUGAAGCUGCCAUUUUUAGAGGAAUUUAUUACUCCUAUUGUAAAAGCUACUAAGAAAGACAAGGAACUAUCAUUUUACUCGCUGCCUGAAUUUGAGGAAUGGAAGAACAAUACGGAAAACCAUCACACUUACAAUAUAAAAUACUACAAAGGUUUGGGUACCUCCACAUCCAAGGAGGCUAAAGAAUACUUUCAGAAUAUGGAACGUCACAGGAUUCGGUUCAAGUAUGCAGGACCGACCGAUGACCACCACAUUGAGUUAGCAUUCUCGAAGAAGGGUGCUGAUCAACGUAAAGAGUGGCUGACCAGUCACAUGGACGAAGUGAAACGCAGGAAAGAAAUUGGUCUUCCAGAGAGAUAUUUAUAUACAAAAGAUACUAAAGCUGUUUCGUAUUCGGAUUUCGUUAAUUUGGAGCUGGUUCUCUUCUCUAAUGGUGAUAAUGUUAGGUCAAUACCUUCCAUGGUAGAUGGUUUGAAGCCAGGUCAACGUAAAGUUAUCUUCACAUGCAUUAAGAGGAACGACAAACGCGAGGUCAAAGUGGCGCAACUGGCUGGUUCCGUUGCAGAACACUCGGCUUACCAUCAUGGUGAACAAUCCCUAGCGAUGACGAUAGUGAACUUGGCGCAGAACUAUGUGGGCUCCAACAACAUCAACCUGCUGGAGCCGCGCGGUCAGUUCGGUACGCGGCUCUGCGGCGGCAAGGACUCCGCCAGCCCGCGUUACAUCUUCACGCUCAUGUCGCCGCUCACCCGCCUCGUCUUCCAUCCGCAUGAUGAUCCACUGCUAGUCCACGACUUCGAAGAUAACCAGAAGAUUGAGCCGAUACAGUAUAUCCCUAUCCUUCCUAUGGUGCUGGUGAACGGCGCUGAAGGUAUCGGCACGGGAUGGUCCACCAAGAUACCCAACUACAACCCCAGGGAUAUUGUUGAGAAUAUUCGGCGAAUGUUAGAUGGUGAAGAACCAAAACCCAUGCAUCCAUGGUACAAGAACUUCCGCGGCACUAUCGAAGGUUUUGGCGACAAAUACGUCAUUUCCGGUGAGGCCGCCAUCUUGCCCGGCGAGAAGAUAGAAAUCACUGAACUUCCGAUCGGCAUGUGGACUCAGAAUUACAAGGAAAAUGUUCUCGAGCCUUUGUUGGGGAAUGACAAAGUGAAGCCUGUUAUAUCUGAAUAUAGGGAAUACAACACAGACACAACAGUUCGGUUCGUAGUAAGCUUACUCCCCGGCAAGCUGGCCGAGGUUGAAGCUGAGGGAGUACACAAGGUGUUCAAGCUGCAGACCACCAUCUCGCUUACCUGCAUGAAUGCGUUCGAUCAUAACUGCUGUCUUAAGAAAUACGACAAAGUAGAAGAGAUCCUUCGUGAUUUUUACGAGCUCCGGCUAAAGUACUACGCGCGUCGGAAAGAGUACCGCGAGGGACAGCUGCAGGCCGAAGCCGACAAGCUGUCCAACCAGGCCAGGUUUAUAUUGGAGAAGUGUGACAAAGGACUUGUUGUGGAGAACAAGAAGCGAAAGGUUAUGGUGGAAGAGCUUAUGAAGAGAGGUUAUGCUCCCGACCCUAUCUCCGAGUGGAAGAAGCGAGCCAGCAAGAUGCAAGGACUGACGGCGUUAGACGAUGAACCCGUCGAGUCUGAGGACGAAGCCGAACCUGAACCUGAGAAGGGGAAACCUGUUGAUCCUGAGAAAGCAUUCCAGAACUUGAAAGAAGUGAAGAAGUUCAACUACCUGCUGGGCAUGUCUAUGUGGAUGCUGACCAAAGAGAAGAAGGAUGAACUGCUCAAGCAACGAGACCAGAAACUAUCUGAACUUAAUGCGCUCAAGGCUAAAACGGCAGCGACGUUAUGGCAGGAAGAUUUAGACGAGUUCUUAGUAAGACUGGAAGAAGUCGAAGAGAAGGAACGACAGGAGGAAUCUUCUGUUAACAAGAAGACUGCUAAAUUCGCCAACGCAAACAAGAAGAACCGCAAAUCGCUGAUGGAUGUAGCUCCGGCAGAGAACGGCAGACGCGUGGAGCCCAAGAUAUCUGAGGACCUCAUCAAGAGGAUCCAGGCCGCUGAGAAGGCUAAGACUAGGAAAGAAAUUAAGAAGGAAUAUGAUCCUGAUGAUCCAACAGGCAUCAGUCCAAUAAGUGCUGAGAAGAAGCCCAAAGCCACUCGAGUGAAGAAGGAAAAGGCUGAGAAACCGGAGAAAGAGAAGGUUGACAAGGCUGGUGGCGAUGGACUGAAGCAAACUAAACUUGGAUUUAAGAAAGAAACUAAGAAGAAGCGCAUGACGUUCAGCGGCAGCAGCUCGGGCGGGUCGGGCUCGGAGGCGGAGGCCGAGCCCGCGCCGCCGCCCCGCGAGCGCGCCAACGCACGACGCGCUGCUACUAAGGUUCAAAAGUACAAAGACGGGUCAGACGACUCAGACUCAGGGUCAGAAGUGGAGUUGUUAGACAACAAGAUGGAGUCUGACAACGAAGCGCCGCGUGCUCUGUCCGUCAGCGACGAUGACGACGACUUUGCUAUUAAGAAGAAUAAUAAGAAUAAGAAACCUGCUGAAAUGGAUUCAGACUGCCUCUUUGAUUCCCUAAUCGAGGAGACUAAAAAUGAAGAAAAAGUGAAGAACAAUGGUGCAGCUGACCUCACGGUUCUCUCAAGCGACGAGGAAGAAGUGGUUCCUCCUUCUCCGCCGAAGAAGAAGGCUGGACCUAAGAGGAAACUCCUCAAUGAUGACAAGAAACCCAAGAAGAGGCCUGCUAAAGAGAUGCUCAGCGAUGACGAUGAUGACAGCAUAUUUGAUAGUAAAAAGGACCAAAAGAAAAAAGCGGCGCCAAAGAAGAAGCUAAAGAAGAAGGUGUCAGACUCGGAGUCAGACGCCGCCAGCGACGCCGCCCCGCGCGCGAACGCGAGGGCGAGGGCCGCCACCAAGUACACCUUCAGCGAUAGCGAUGACUAGCCACAUAUACAGUAUUGUGAGGGGACAGCGAUUUGAAUCUACGCCGCAGCAUCGCUGCUGGUUGCGGCGCGAAACUUUAUUAUAAUUUAUACUUUAGGACUACGUGAACACGUUAUUUUUAUACCGGCCUACAGUCUGUGACUGAAAUACAACUUAGUAAGAGAACUUUAAACUACAAAGUUAUUUAUAAUUUAGAUCUAAUUAGCUAAAUUAAUAAUUAAUUAGCUAAGGUAAAGUAUCGUCUGGCACGUUCGCUCAAAGACACGAUAUUCGAAAUUUUACUGAUAGACCAUCGAGCAAAUUCUGUAACGUUUAGUUAAUUUUUUAUAUGAGAAAUUGUAAAUAGUCUUAGUGUAACCUUAUUCAUUUUCUUUGUAUUCUUCAAUUAUUAUAUCUUUCUUUAUUUCUCUUAUUUUUUAAUAUCUUGAUAAUUCAUUAUCAAAUUGUGUGUUGUCGUUAAUAAUUCUUUAAUGUUGUAUUCGUGAUUUUUUCCUUAAUAUUUUGAUAAUAUUGUGAACAAUACGAUGAAUUUGGGUUACAUAGUUAAUUCCUUACUUUUACGUUACAAAUGUAAUUUCUCGAUAUAAUUUGUUAAUUAUAACAAUGUAAAUAAAUAAACAUUUGAAAA